AUGUUUGUGGGUCAGUAUGUCAGCAAUAGUGUGAGGCAGAGAACCUCUGGAGAAUUGAUGGCCGUGGAGCAGAAACCGGAUGAAUCCUUGAGGGAUUAUAUUAGACGAUUUAACAAUGAGGCAAAUACAAUCCCAAAACUGCAACAAGAAAUAGCUGUGAUGGCUUUAAUGAAUGGCUUGGUUGAUUCUGAUUUCAAACGAUACCUUACAAGGAAAAACAUGCCCACGUUAGCAGCGGCAUUUAGUAAAGCUCAUGAUUACAUUAAGAGUGAAGAAUUGAUGAAGACAAGUAGCACACAUGUCGUUGCCGGAAAGGGGCAAAGCCAGUAUGAAGGGACAUCGUCUGGAGGAAGUAGGCUGAGAGCUCCUGCCCCAGGAAGGGGAGGAGGAAGCCGGCAAGAUUCAAGGCCAACAAGGCUGCCAAUGAGAUAUAACACUUACACUCCCCUGAAUACACCAAGGGCAGAAAUCUACUCAGUGAAUCAGAAUAGAGAAGAUUGGUCAAGGUCGAUUCCCAUGAAGGCAAGGCCAAGGGAUGUGAAGAAGUAUUGUAUGUUCCAUAGGGAUGUGGGACAUUAUACAGAGGAGUGUACGCAAUUGAAGGAUAACAUUGAGGAGUUGAUCAGGAAAGGGUAUUUGACACAAUAUCGGCUGAACACAAGCAGGAAUCAACAAUCGGCACAAACAGUUGAGAGGGUAGAUGUGAUAACAGGGGGACCGAUUCAUGGAGGGACGAUUAGUGGAGCAAAGAAGCAUUUGGCUGAGCAUCGUCACCUAGUUUGCGCCUUGGAUGUGGACAAUCGUCCUCGGCCAGCAUCAAUACCUCAGGUAGUGUUCACAGAAGAAGAUGCAAGGGGUGUAGUGUUCCCGCAUGAUGACCCGUUAGUCCUAAUAACUAAGAUAAACGGGGCUGACAUCAAAAGAGUGCUGGUGGAUGGAGGUAGUUCAGCAAAUGUGUUGUUUGUGCAAGCUUUUAAUGAGAUGAAUAUAGGAAGGCAGUACCUGAAACCGGUAUCAUAUCCCGUAAUCGAGUUCAAUGGAUCAACAGUGAGGCCGGAAGGGAGCAUUGUGUUACCGGUUAAGCUGGGUGAUGGGCCACAAGCAAGAGAUGUGAUGGCAGAGUUUCUGGUGGUGGAUGUUAAGUCAGCCUACAACGCAAUUAUCGGCAUACCGAUAAUACAUGAUAUGCAGGCCGUCGUAUCAACUUACCAUCUGGCAAUAGCUUAUGUGUCAAAUUUAGGAGCUGUGGAGAAGGUAUAUGGAGGUCAGGUGAUGUCAAAAGCUUGUUACGUGACAGCUUUGAAGAACCCAGUUGGCAGUGCUCCAAUACCAUGCAAUCCGAUAAGGGAAGGUGAGCCAACAGUUCAAGAUUUAACCAUGAAAAACUUUGAUUCAAGGCCUGAGGAAACACCAAGGUCGUUACCAGGGGGAGAAACCGUCCAAGUUGAAUUGCAACCAGGCGACCCGAGUAGAACAGUGAAGGUUGGAACUGAUAUGGAUGUGGAUACAAGGUGUAAUCUGAUAAGCCUAUUGCGUGAGAAUGCAGAUGUCUUUUCAUUUUCGGCAAGUGAGAUGCCGGGGAUACAUCCAGAGGUGAUGGAGCAUAAGUUGAAUGUUGAUAGAAAAUUCAGGCCGAUAAGGCAAAAGAAGCGCAAUUUCUCAACUGAGAAAAUAGAAGCAAUUCAGGCUGAGGUAAAUAAGCUCUUAGCGGUAGGGUUCAUUGAGCCUUGCACAUAUCCGGAAUGGUUGGCGAAUGUAGUAAUGAUGAGAAAGCCGACAGGGAAGUGGCGAAUGUGUGUGGAUUUAACAGAUCUAAAUAAGGCUUGCCCUAAGGAUUGCUACCCAUUACCCCGGAUAGAUAGGCUGGUAGACUCAACCUCUGGUCAUGCUAUGCUCAGUUUUCUGGAUGCGUUUUCGGGAUAUCAUCAGGUCAGCAUGCAUAAGGCUGACAGGAAGAAAACGACUUUUAUAACAUAUGUCGGUGUGUACUGUUAUAAGGCAAUGCCGUUUGGGUUGAAAAAUGCAGGAGCAACAUAUCAAAAGUUGGUGGACAAGAUAUUUAAGAAUCAGAAAGGCCGGAAUGUCGAGGUAUAUGUAGAUGAUACGAUAGUAAAGAGUAAAGAAAAAGAGGACCAUAUAGCGGAUCUGAGGGAAACAUUUGAGACGUUAAGGAGAUAUCAGAUGAAGUUGAAUACGGAGAAGUGUAUGUUUGGGGUCAGAUCAGGGAAAUUCUUGGGCUUUAUGGUCAGUAAACGGGGGAUAGAUGCAAAUCCAGAUAAGGUGAAUGCGGUACUCCAAAUGAAACAACCAAAAACCAUUCGUGAUAUACAGAGAUUGACUGGAAGGAUGGCAGGAUUGACCAGAUUUAUCAGCAAGUCAGCCGACAAGGCGCUUCCGUUUUCAUGGCCCAAGAAGGGAGAAGUGAUACAGUUGUAUAUUUCAGCAUCACCAAAAACGGUAGCGGCCGUUUUGAUAGUGGAAAGGAAGAAACAGCAGAAGCCGAUAUACUUUGUCAGUCAUGUAUUGAAUGCGCCAGAACGCAAAUAUCCAGUGAUAGAGAAGAUGGCGUUAAUAGUAGUAGUGGCGGCUAGAAAGUUAAGGCCUUACUUUGAUGCACAUCCAAUAGAGGUGUUAACCAACCACCCUUUGGAGAAAUCAUUGCAUAAAAUGGAUACAUCUGGUAGAUUAUUGGCAUGGGCAGUUGAGUUGUCGGAGUAUGAAAUAAGCUACAGGCCGAUAACGUCAAUUAAGGCUCAAGCAAUGUCGGAUUUCAUUGUUGAAACCACAUACACGGACGAAGAGGAAGAAUUGGGCACAUGGCGGGUAUCAGUUGAUGGUUCAGCUACGGCAACGGGGGCAGGGGCUGGAAUUGUGAUAACGGCUCCAGAUGGGAAAAUGUUUGAAUAUGCCAUGAAGUUUAAGUUUAAGGCAACAAAUAAUGAAGCCGAGUAUGAAGCUGCAAUAGCCGGAAUGCAAUUGUCAAUCGCAGCAGAAGCAAAGCGGCUGGUUUUAACAACUGACUCCCAACUGGUAUCAAGUCAGUAUAGUGGAGAGUAUGAAACUCGAGAGCCAGCAAUGGUGAAGUAUUUGGAGAAGAUGAAACAGUUAGCAGCGCAGUUACAAUAUUUUGAAUAA